AUGGACGAAGUAGUGGGUGAUAGACAGAUAAGCGUGGGAGGUGAACGGUCAGGGGGAGGGGGGGUGGGGGGGGUGGGGGGAACCCACGCAACAGCCUCACCACACGCCCCCGCGGGGGGGGGGGGGGGGGGGGGGGGGGGGGGGGGGAGGGGGUAUCACACGGGAGUCACCAGUGGGGGGGGGGGGGGGGACCAACACAAAUAUAAUAGGGGGGGGGGGGGGCUAAAAAUUAAACAUGAUAGCCCAUGGAAUCUCCCGCACAACGAGGAAUAA